AUGGCCGCCGAGCAACGCUUCGCCAUGCUUCCGCAGCAACCUGGCUGUGGACCUUUGGCUCGCUUUCCCGACACACCUCAUGACGCACUUGCGAGCACUCGAAACCCGGCGGCACCCAUGGUCGGCAUGGACAUGAGCAUGACGACCGAGCCCGCGCCGUUCCGAGGAAGCCUUUCACGUUCGGGCCAUGCUCAAAACGCCGUCUACGCGACCCCCACAACCUCUCUAACCUUCGAGGCCUCCCUUUACGCCGACACAUCCAGCUACAUGCUCGGCCGUGCCUCGCCUAGCUCGUAUCACGAAGAUGGUGACAUGCGACUGGGCUCCUCCAGCUUAUCAACCGCAUCUGCACCCUCGGCACCCUCGUCAGCCAUGGGAUCGCCUCAGUCCAAUCACGGCCAGCCCGGCGCCGUCGCUGAGUGGAAUGCGCAGGGCAUGGCUGUGCAGCCGAGCAUCGUCGGCAACGAUUACAUGGCUGGGCCCGAAUAUUUUACCGGUUCGGCACUGGAACCACUGCGGAGUUACGAUUUUGGUGCCGCCCAACCCAAGACGUUCGUAGAUCCCUCUCUCAUUCACCCAGACGUGGCCCCUCCGCCGAUGCCAAUGUCGCCCUUCAGCAACCACUUCCAGCAGGCCGCCGCCGCCAACCCGUUCGUGUCCUCUCCUUCCGUCGCGUCCCCUCAACCCACCCUUCUCCGCACCAGCAGCUCGUCGCCCUACCUCCACGGCGGCCCUUUCCCGUCCGCCUUCCCGGGAAGCCCCUAUGGCGUUCCGGUGGACGCCCUCGGCCGCCGUGUCAGCAUGGCCGCCAGCUUCAUCUCGCCCGCCUCCGCCGAGUACCACAGUGGCGACGAGUCGAGGGAGAAGCAACGAUGCUCCUACCCCGACUGCGGCAAGGUGUUCAAGGACCUGAAAGCCCACAUGCUCACGCAUCAGAACGAGCGACCGGAGAAGUGCCCCAUCCACACGUGCGAGUACCACCUCAAGGGCUUUGCCCGCAAGUAUGACAAGAACCGCCACACCUUGACCCAUUACAAGGGAACGAUGGUCUGCGGCUUCUGUCCCGGCUCCGGCUCGCCUGCCGAGAAGUCGUUCAACCGGGCCGACGUUUUCAAAAGGCAUCUGACGGCCGUGCAUGGCGUCGAACAGACGCCGCCCAACAGUCGCAAGAAGACGCCCGUCGGCGUCGGCACCGGCAAGAAGCUUGUCGGCUACGCCCCCGACGCGACGGGCAAAUGCAGCACCUGCUCCCAGAACUUCGCCAACGCCCAGGACUUCUACGAGCAUCUGGACGACUGCGUCCUCCGAAUCGUGCAGCAAGAAGACCCGGCCGAGGCCAUCAACGCGCAGCGACUUGCCGAGGUCGAAAACGACAGGAGUGUCCAUCAGACGCUCGAGAAGAACAACCUGCCCACCGCCACGCCGACGAUGCAGACCGACGACUACGGUGACGACGACGAGAUGGGAGAGGACGACGACGCCGACGACGCCGCCUCCGGAUCGAACUCGUCCCCCUCCGCCCGGAAGAAGAACCCUCCCAAUGGCGUUCAAAAGUCCCGAGGCUUGACGCACUCCCGCGGCGGCGUCCCGCUGGCGACGAGGGUUCGCGGUCGCAAGAACCGUCGUGAUUAUCCCUCGUCCUGGGGCUUCGACAAGGGCCAGAUGAACAUGAAGAAGCGUAUCAUGGCCGUUUUUGAUGGUUCCCGGCGGCUGGCCAAGGAUGACAUGAUGCUGUCCACCGAUCACGAGGUUCGCAUCAAGUUGUCGGACGGCAACGCAUACGUCACCGACCUUGACGUGCAGACUCUGAAUCGUGCCGAGGGCUUUCUGGGCGCGACGGAUGCGGAGAAGGGACCUUGGCUGUCGGAUGACCCAGACGAGGCGCAGCUCGGCGAGAUGAAGGAGAUCCUGGAGACGACCACGGUAUCCUCCAUAUGA